GAGAGCGGGAGGGAGGAGGUUCGUUGAGGAAGAUACUGGAGCAGCACCUACGGCUGUGAGCGAAAACCCUCGGCGACGCUGCUCGGGAAGAUGUAGUAGAGAAGUCCUGCCGUCCUGACAGAGAAGAGGGAAGCUGCCCGUGUCCGGUCUUCGCCGCUGACGGCGGCAGGUGAAAACUGAGGGGAAGAGCUGCCGACCCCGAGCAUUCACCCCCCCACCACCUCUGAAUGAAUUUCCCCGCGAGCUGUCUGUUCAUGUGGGGCAAUGGAGAAGGUGGCGUCCUGGAGACUCGGAGCCCUGCUGUCUCUCACUCUGCUGUGGGUUCUCCCAGGUGAUUUGCAGAAAGUCGAGAUGCCAAGAAAAGACAUGGAAGUAAUAAAGGGCCAAAUGGUGGUUCUGGAGGCCUGGUACACCCCUACAUCCGUCAUAGAAAAGAAUACAGUCAUUUGGAACUUCAUGGCCAGCGACUCCAAACAAAUCAUCUCCUACACCUCGGGCCAGAUCGGGAUGGGGAGUCCUGAGUUCAGGAAGCGUGUCGGAUUCGCCAUGUCCAUGCCAUCCUCCAAUCUGUCCAUCUACAUUAACAACACGCAGGAGUCAGACUCGGGCCGCUACCUCUGCAACGUCAUCAUUCCCGGAGCUCCAGGCUUGUCUGGGGAGCUGACGCUCAAUGUGAAGGUUCCUCCCUCCACCCCAGUGUGCUCUAUGACCGGAGAUCCUGUGCUGAGGGGGAACGUGACGCUGAGCUGCAAGUCCAGCCACGGCAAACCCGUCCCUCAAUACAAAUGGACCAAAGCUGCUCCUCUCUCAGAGGUCUUCUUCUCUCCAAUGCAGAAGUGGAGGUCGUGUCCUCAGCCUGUGCUUGUGCUGGGCUACCUGGAUGAGAGGCAGGGCACCCUCAGGUUGAGCAACCUGACCAAAAACAUGUCUGGCAAGUACGUCUGCAGGGCCAGCAACACGGCUGGGAGUGAUAGCUGCCACAUCAACUUGGAGGUUUCCACCCCCAACAACGCCUGGCUGAUAGCAGGAGCCACAGUGGGCUCUGUGGUGGGACUGCUGGCUCUUGUGCUGUUCCUGAUUUUCGUCCUGAGGAGGAGCCGUGACACAGAAGAGGAAAUGGCCAAUGAUAUCAAGGAGGACGCUCAGGCUCCUAAGAGGGUCUCCUGGGCUAAGAGCACUACUGGAUCUGACAUCAUCUCCAAGAAUGGCACUCUGUCUUCUAUAGCAACCAGCCCUCCCCCACGUGACCCUCACCACACGCCUAACAACCACUACUCAUACCCGCCUGGAGCCUGCAACACCGCAUCUGUCCUCACAGCGUCCGGCAGCACGACCGCCUACCGUCUGCGUCCGGGGGAUCCCAACCCCCUCCAAGGGCUGCCAGGAUACACCGGCAACAGAACACCUACCCACACCCUGCAUUACCACCAUCAACACCACCACCAAGCUCAUCCGCACACACGGCCCCCCAGCUCUGACAGCAGCUCCACACACAGGACUGAAGGAGCUCAGCCACAGGUCCCCCGUCCUGCUCCCACACCCAUCAACUCUGCCACACUGUCUCGCAUGGGUGCUGUACCUGUACUUGUGCCCAGCCAGAACCAAGCCGGCUCACUCGUGUAGCUCAGGCAACUCUGACAGCAGUGUGACACAGCAGAUACGCUCAUUGAUGCUCAUUGACUCUGUAAGUGACGUCUGAGAUUAACUGCAGGAAGCAGAGUUGGGCCUCUUCUCACAUCAAACAGAUGGCUGCAACUUACUUGCAGGUGGUGCAUAGAUCAAGAGGUACUUUUUUAUAUUAAAGAUAAAGAAAAAAGUUAUGUAGCGGUUUGUUUUAUAAAGUACAUUGUAUGAGUGUUUUUUUAUUUAUAAUUUGUGUAAUCAGCAGGCCAAGAUGCCUAAAACACAUGUUGAAUUAGAUCUUUACAAUUUGAAACUCUGACGUUCAACAAAGCAGUGUGUUUUUUUUUUUUUCAUUUAGUUGGAGAAUUUGACACAAGUAAUCAUGCAUUUGAUUCCAUGGAUUCCAUUUUUCUGUUUAAGCAUUUCUGAAGAAAUUGAACAAAGUCUAGUACUGAUAUUUGAAAAGAUACUGAAGCUGAUGGUUUACUGGACCCAGUUGCAGGUCUGUUUGAGUGAUUUGAUUGAACAAUGCUGUAUUAAGUGUGUUCUGUAACUUCAAAUGUUACAUCGUGCCUCCUUUUUUCUCAGGAGUUUCUACCUUUGGCAACUAUUCUCUUGGACAGAUUGUUUCAGUCUGAACAGUAGUGUUCCUCUGAAAAGUGGUAGUUUGGUAGACAUUAAUUUUUACAGUUAUGGGAAAUAGAGACAUAUGAUGCAAUGUUUUAUCCACCUUUAGAAUGUAAAAGAAUACCCUCCCAAGAUUGUGGUCAUUUCAGUUCAAUGAACCAAAAAAUAUUUAAAAUUUCAUCAUGUUGUGUGGAAAGAGACCGUCAGUCAGUGGUGGCUAUGUUCAUGUUUACCUAGGCUGUAAGAAGAUCUAGCCUUGUAGCGGCCAGUGCUUUAAUUCUGUUCACUUUUGUGCAGGUAGGUUGGAUUUGAGGUUUGCUCUUACCGUAAAGAAUGUUGUUGUGAAUUGAGUGACACAAUAAGUAAACAAGUAACACAAUCUCUUCUCCUAGACUUUUUCUCCAGGAGACACAUUUGUGCGUUUCUGAUUUGCAACUGAAUCCUCUAGCCUUUUCUCCCUAUUUAUCCAUGCGGUGGGGGCAAAGAGACAAGAGAAAUGUCUGACUGCUUCUAUGAAAGGGAAAAACAACGCCUGAAUCUGUGAUGUUCAUUUUAAUUACAGGACAUUAUUCUGCUUGUUCAAUAAA